AUUUCAAGUCUCAACGGUUGUUUGUGUUCGCCAGUUGAACGUGUUCUUAUGAAUUUAUUAUUAUAAUUAUUGUAAAAUUAUUUUACUGUUGUGUCUAACUGGUUAAAUAUAUCUCAACUUAUGAAAUCAUAGUUUAAAAAUCUGUAAUUUUUGAAUUGUGUCGUAAUUUAUAUCGAGGGAUGGCCCAGUUCAACUAUUUGAACGAAAUAAAUAGUUUAGCCACCAUUGACGGGCCCAUUACGAGAGGUCCUUUGCAAAGAUGGAUCAAGAAAUCAAAGAACGAAAAUAUAAAUCCCUCGUUGAGCUCAUCAUUGAAGAACAUUUCUAAUGCAAACAUAAGUUCUUGCAAUCAAUCGCUCCAAAAACUGUCGAUUACUGCAAAUCAAAGCUGCAAUAACAGUGCGUUAUCUAAUAGCAAGACACCCACAAGAAAUGAAAAUAAGAAAGGCAAGAAAACUCCGUGUAAAACGAAGUCCCCAGGUCGUUCAACAACACCAACUCCCAACAAAGCCUCUAAGACACCAAACAAAGCUGACAGAUUUAUACCUUCGAGAAGCAAUUCUAACUAUGACCUGUGCCAUUAUAUGAUGAGCCAUGAUGAAGAAAAAAGGGAAGAAGCAGUAUCACAAAUAGCAGCGACUGAGGCCAUUGGAAGGGUGCUGACAGACACAGAGCCAGGCCGUCUACUGCAGUACACAUGUAAAGCCCUUGCCGCACCUGAAGGAUACCAGAAUAGAUUAUGAGUUGUAUACUCACAGGCCAAAGUUCCUUCAACGGUGAAAAACAACACAAGAUACAGUCACAAGCUCCUGAAAGAAUACUUGACGCUCCUGAUAUUUUUGAUGACUAUUGUCCCUCAAUAGAUUUCAAAUUAAGGCGAACUAAGUUGGCGUCAGAUGAUCUCUACAAGGAAUCUUUCAAGAUACCACGUGAAGAGAAACCACUAACAAAGAAGAAUAUAUCAAAGGAUGCAUUCGGAACAAAACUUGGACGCAUUCACAUAGGCAAGCAGGAUAUCCGAAGAUUAGACACGAAAGAUGAAAGGUCUUAAGAAAACACCAGAAGAAAAGAAGCAAUUGUUACGUAAGAAAAAGUUAGCAAGAAAGCAGACUACAGCGUAAUAAAUAUGUUAUUUAAUGAA